AAAAUUAUUUGUACACAAAGUAUAGAAAAAAAUUUUUUGGGCUAUAAAAUAUGGCGGCUAUUUGACUCCACUCAUGAUCAUUGGCAAUCUUAUUUAUUAUCUAUACCUGUGAUUUUAACUUAUCGAAGUUAAAAAAAUGUCUUUUAUCUUAUUUGUAAUAUAAACAUGUAGUGGGGUGUGUUAAAUCUAUAUGUAAACUUAAUUCAAAAUUUAAAUUACUGGAAAAUACUGAAUGGCUAAACGGUUUUUUGAAAAUAUAUUUCCCAGUUACACACCAAGAGAGUUAAACACUUCACCCCAAUAUUGGCGGACCAGAUUGUUUGAUAUGGUAGACUACAUUAAAAAAAAUGCAGCACUAUCUAAUGAUAAUGAUUUGUAUACUGGUUCUACUGGAAUUGCAUUUAUGUUUUUUUGCUUAGCUGAAUCAGAUGGAUAUCGUAAUGAUGCUAAAAAAUUCUUAAAUUAUGCUAUCGAAUGCUUAAGUUUGAAACCAGCUAUACUUUUUAGUAGUAGUAGUGCUUGUCAGUUUAUUUGUGGAGAUGCUGGAAUAAAUGCUGUAAGUGCAGUAAUUUAUCACAGAGUUGGAAAUGAAAUCUUGGCUAAUAAACAUCUUGAAAGUUUUAAAAAAGGAGCAAUAACUUGCCAACCAAUAGAUUUUUUUAAACCUGGAGGUGAUGAAUUAUUUGUUGGCCGUGCUGGCUAUUUAUGUGGAAUUUUGUGGUUAGAAAAAAUAUUAGGUAAAGAGAUUUUGCCUGAUACAGAUAUCAUUCAAUUAUGCUCUACUAUUGUAGAAUCUGGACGUAAAUAUUCUAGAAGAACCAAAAGCAUUUUUCCACUUAUGUAUUCUUAUUAUAAGACUGAAUAUUUAGGAGCAGCCCAUGGUUUAUCUACUAUUUUGCAAACUUUGAUUUCAUUUCCACAGUUCAUUGAAACUAAUCAAUCAGCAAAACAAGAUAUAAAAAAGAGUAUUGAUUUACUUGUUUCUUUACAAACUGACAGUGGGAAUUUUCCAUGUGCAAUGGAUGAACUUGGUUCUUUAAAAAGACCAGAAUCCGAUGAAUUAGUUCAUUGGUGUCAUGGAUCACCAGGAGUUGUGUAUUUACUUGCCAAAGCUUAUUUAUUAUUCAAAGAACCUUCUUAUUUGGAGUCAUGUCUAAAAUGUGGCGAUUUAGUGUGGAAUAAAGGUUUAUUAAAAAAAGGACCAGGUUUAUGUCAUGGAGUAGCAGGAAAUGGCUAUGUUUUUCUAUUAUUAUAUAGGUUAACUGGAGAUACAAAACAUUUAUACCGAGCUGUAAUGUUUGGUGAAUUCUUAUUCACAGAUGAAUUUAUGAAAAAAUCAAAAACACCAGAUAAUAUGUUUAGUUUAUUUGAAGGAUUAGCUGGUACUGUUUGUUAUUUAAUUGAUUUAACGCAACCUCAAAAAGCUUGUUUUCCAUUCCUCGAUAUCUUCUAGGGUUAAGUAUCUCUAUGUAGUAUGAUAUAUUCUUGUGUUAUUAAUGAUAAAAUUAUACUUUAUCCUUUAUUUCAUGUAA